GAUAAUCUGAAUAUAUUUAGAGGAGUUGCCUGUCGUGGUCACAGUUUCCCAAGCGACGCAGUUGAAGACAGUCCUUUGAGCGGAUAUACAUAUAGACAGGUUUAUACAUCUACAGACAGGAUAAGCAUGAAGCUGGAGACUGAGAAACGUAUCAACCAACCGCCAAAGUAUCUCAACGAGGACUUCUUCAAGGCCGCCCUCGAGGAUGGCCUCCGUGACAUGCGCGUCGACAUUAAGAAGAUAAUAUUCGCCGAUUCGAGCGGAGGCGGUGGCGAGAAUUAUUGCAGUAAGAUCUAUCGGGCCAGGGCUCUAUAUAGAAGCAGCAAACGUCAGCUGGAUGAGGAACUGGGGUUGAUUGUAAAAAGCAUUGCAAUCACUCCGGCAACACAAUUCCUCGAGGAACUGGCCGUCUAUCUGCGCGAGAAGAUCUUCUAUUUUGAUGUGCUGGGCAAACUGGAGGUGCUCAUUGGAGAUGGAUCGAAAUUCGGUGCGAAAUGCUUCUACACAACACGUGAGCCCAUUCAGACAAUUGUCUUUGAUGACCUGACACAGUAUGGCUAUAAGCUAGCCAGUCGACAGAAUGGCUUAAACGAGGAGCAUUGCGUUGUCAUACUUCAGAAAUUGGGAAAAUUCCAUGCCAGCUCCAUGCUGUUGGCCGAAAAGGAGCCCAGCGUGCGGGAACAUUUCACAACGGGCAUGCUGGAUGAGAACUAUAUACGCACCAAUGAGAGAUUCAUUAGUUUUAUGACACUUCAGCUGAAUACGUUGACCAAUGUUGUGGCCAAGUGGCCCGGCUAUGAGCAGUUGACGGCCAAAUUGCAUCGACAUUGCGAUAACAUCAAGGAGAAUCUGGUUAUGACAGGUCUUCCUAUUCCCGGAGAAAUAACUGUGCUAAAUCACGGUGAUCUCUGGGUCAACAAUUUCAUGUACAAAUAUCACGAUGAGUUCCCCACCAAACCCAUCGAUGCCAUCUUUGUGGAUUUUCAGAAUAGCUUCUUUGGCAGUCCCGGCUGCGAUAUCAAUUUCUUUCUCAACAGCAGCGUCCAACUGGACGUGCUCAUCCACAAGCGUGAGUUCCUCAUCCAAACCUAUUACGAUUCAUUGCGCGAGAGCCUAGAGCGUAUGCACUCGGAAUUUGUGCCCAGCUAUGAAGAUAUACAGCACGAGAUUCGAUCCCGUGAACUCUAUGGAUUCUUUUCAUCGUAUGCUUUUCUGCCCAUGGUAACCAUGAAGAAGGAGGACUCUUAUGACCUCAGCCUGGAGGCUCUGACUGAUUCAGAUUUCGCCAAAAAGAAGGUUCAACUGAUGUUCUCCUCAAAUCCUCGCACCACUGAUACCCUGCGUUAUGCCCUCCGACGAUUCGAUGAGUUGGGCAUUUUCGAUUGAUUCGAAUUCAAAUUCGCAUGCGAAUGCUUAAUUU